GGCUCCCUGGGGGCCCUGCUGGCAGCUGCCCCUCCGGAAUGUGAGUAACUCUUCUGCUGCGCUUCCGCCCACGCGUCCCUGUGUGGUGACUCCUCGUCAGAGAGAUCUGGGACCACACAGCACUUCAAGCAGAGAAACUUGAGUGUGUGGGGAUCGGCAUUUUCUCUGGGUUCCUGAGGCCAUGAGGGAAGAAAGCAGCUCCCUAGCUGCAUUUGUUAAUAGAAUUGCUGGGAGGCCUGUGGGUUUUUAUUGGAGAGUGACUACAGGGGACCGACCCGGACCACGGCUGUGACAGAGCGAGGACAGGGCCCGACCUCACCCUGAGCCGCCGGGAUGCAGCGCCGGGCCCCGAGCUUCAGGCCCCUCCUGCUCUGGCUCCUGCUGCCCUGGCCAGGCGCAGGGCAGUUCCAAGUGAAGGGACCAACAUCACCAGUCACUGCCCAGGUGGGAGGAGCAGCUGUACUUCCCUGCCUCCUCAGCCCACCCAUGGAUGCUGGGAACAUGGAGAUCAGAUGGUACCGAGACCACCAAUCGGUACUGGUGCACGAGUACAGGGAUUCUCGGGACCACACGGAGCAGCAGAGUCCCAUGUACCAAGGGAGGACAGAGCUCCUGAGGGAGAACAUCACCCACGGCCAGGUGGCCCUGAGGAUCCAUCCCGUCCUCCCUGGAGAUGAAGGGCAGUACAGCUGCGUCUUUGUAAGAUCCGCACAGCUCAGCCAAGCACAGUUUGAGCUGCGUGUCGCAGCCUCAGGUACCCCUCCUCACAUCCACAUUCAGCCUGCACACACUGGGAGCAUUAAGAUGACCUGUUCGUCCUCAGGGUGGUACCCAGAGCCAGUGCUCCAGUGGAGGGACUCAAGAGGGUGGGCUCUGGCACCUGACUCUCUGAGGACGUCCCUACAAGAUGAUGGCCUGACCCACGUGGAAAGCUCUGUCACAGUGGAGGAAAGCUCAAGAGCAGAUGUGUCCUGCUCAAUCAGGAACCCUGUGCUCAGAGAGGAGCAGGAGGCGCAUCUGUCAGUGGUCGAGGCCUUGUUCCCCCGGGCCAGUGCUUGGACAGUGGCCCUGGCUGUGUUCCUGGUGCUCGUGGCCGUCACCUUGAUGAUCACUGGAGUUCUCCUCCUGAGAUCUAGCAGAGCCCAAGGGCAAAUCAAUAAAGAACACAAGAGAAUCACUGAAGAACUUGAACAAAGAAAACUUUCUGUGAAGAACUAUCUGAAGGAAGCUCGACAUUUUGCAGAAGACAUAGUUCUGGAUGAAGACACUGCCCACCCUCAGCUCUUGGUGUCAGAAGGUGGGAAGCGUGUUGAAUGUUGGUCAGAACAGCGAGUUGUUCCUGAAAUCCCUGGAAGAUUUACCUUUGUCCCAGCUGUGCUGGGUCUGAACAGCUUCUCCAGCGGAAGCCAUUACUGGGAGGUGGAUGUAGGAGGGAGUAAAAGGUGGACAAUAGGAGUGUGCUCGGAUUUGGCCAACAAGAAACUAUAUUAUGGGGGUGUUCAUCCCCAGAAUGGUUUUUGGACCAUUGACAGGGCUCAUGAUAAUUACCGGGCUUUUUCUCUACCCCGAUAUGAUUUUAAGGUUGUAGCACCUCCUGUGACAGUGGGGAUUUUUUUGCAAUAUGAGCAAGGAUUGAUCUCUUUCUAUGAUGUGGAGCAAUUUACUGUACUCCAUACUUUCAAAGGCAAGUUCACUCAGCCCUUGAGGCCAUGUUUUUCUACUGGAUUUCCCUCUCUAGGACAUUAUCCUGGCCUUUUCAUCCCCACAGUGCCACCACCAGAUGAAUCUGGUCCUCCUUAGAGCACAUCUAAAGGACCUUGCACAGUACUCAUCCCCAGGGACCAGGACAGCCCACAGCUUCCCAGCCAGGAUGCGCAUUGUCAGGGCUGGUGGUAUCUUCCUCCAAGAGAAAAUGAAGUAUAAGCCCUGUUACUUGCCAAUUUUUACUGCUCAACCCUGCAGCCAAGCUUCCCCUUAAUAUAUUUCCUUUGAUCCCUGUCAGCUUUGAGAAAUGCAACUUCUUUCUAUUCUCCCUCUUCUGAACAUCAAACUGUGGAAAGAGUUGGCUGCUUCCCUCAAUAUAUCAUCGCCAUGCAUUUCUCACCAUGCUUUAGCACAGAGUGACAGUAAUUUUAUAUUUCACCACUAACCAUGGUCUCUUGACUGGUAAAACCAAAUGUGCUUAUUUCGUUGACCAUGUUUAUGAUAAAAUGAAUGUGCUAAGAUCCUGAGUGUGUGGGAUAGCAACAAACUGAGUAAAAUUAAAUCUUAUCAACAAGACCUUAGCAGACAUUUAUGUGUGGAAACAUCAUGUAUAGCCCAAUAUGCCUUUGAAAUUUUCUUAUCUUGUUUUAUAUUUUAAAAUAUUUAAUUGGCCAUGGUGAUAUACAUAAAGUACAUAAAAGAUGAUUUGAUGUUGAGAUAUGCACACACUGUGAAAUGCUUACCACUAUUGGUCAGACUGAGAGAGCCAUCACCUCCCAUGCUGGAUAUGGAUUCUCUAGAACACGUCCGUCCUCUAAGUUUGCAGCCUUGGCGUUUGUUCUCCUAUUACCUCCUCACCCCAUUUUCUGGUAACCAGUGCUUUAUCCUCUGCUUCUAUGAAUUUAACAUUUUUAUAAGGUUUUUAGUUUUCACAUAUUCAUGAGUUUCUUCAAUAAAUGUCAAGACAAAUUAUCUCAGUUCAAGCGCAUUUCCUCUCCUCUGAAGCAAAAGGCAGCAUAAACUGGGAAUACUGAGUAGAACCCAAGCCAGUGCUAUCUUGUCUCCAUUGUAUUUCAACCAUGAAAUUCUGCAUGCCACUUAUGUUCCAUCCUGGGGAAAUUAUAGACAAAACUCAGGAAGACAGAGAAAACUGAACUCUCACACAUCGUUGGUGGGACCGUAAAAUGCUACAGACACCAUGGCAAUGUGAUUAGAAGACUCUCUUAAAUAUACAAUCAUCCUAUGACCUGCAUCUCUAGCUCAAGUUUUGUGCUGUAGAGAACUGGAACAUGAAUGGAGAAGUCAGCAUAAAAAUUUUAUAGCAGCUUCUACACGAUUUUCUAAACACUGAAAAAGUUCUCAAUUCUCCUUAAGAAUUUUGAAUAAACUUUAGUACAUUUAUAUAACUGAAUAUGAUUUCAA